CAUCCUCUGUCUGAUCUCCAAACUAGGAGCAAGGCUGCAGCCAGGGGACAUAGACAGCUUCCUACCCAGUCCCCUGCUGGACAUAUCCCCUCUGCCUGGAGGAGUGGACCCUCUCUCUGCCUGCUGACUGUGGCCUCCACAUCUCUCAGCCUACACUGCUGCAGGAUGAAGAAAAAUCUGUCUGCAAAGAGGGGGCCAUUAGAAGGGAGCCAGCCCCCCAGUCAGCCAGAGAAAGUGGGAUGGAUCCGAAAAUACUGCGGAAAAGGGAUCUUCAGGGAGAUCUGGAGAAACCGAUAUGUAGUUAUUCGAGGGGAUCAGCUGUAUAUGUCAGAGAAAGAGAUGAAAGAUGAAAAAAAGAUGCAAGAAACGUUUGACCUCAGCGACUAUGAGAAAUGUGAGGAAUUACGAAAAUCUAGAAGUCGGUCGAAAAAGAACCACAGCCGGUUCUCACUUGUAAGGUCCAAGCAGCCGGGGAACACGGCCCCGAAUCUGAUUUUUCUCGCAGUCAGCCCUGAGGAGAAGGAAUCUUGGAUCAACGCCCUGAAUUCUGCGAUCACUCGAGCCAAAAACCGCAUCUUAGAUGAGGUUACAGUGGAAGAAGUCAGUUACCUGGCCCAUCCGACCCGCGACCGAGCAAAAAUUCAACACUCCAGGCGCCCACCUACUCGAGGUCAUCUUAUGGCAGUAGCAUCUACCUCAACGUCCGAUGGAAUGCUUACUCUAGACCUUAUCCAGGAAGAAGAUGUGUCCCCUGAGGAUCAAGGGAGCUGUGACCAGAGUUUCAGGGUUGAUCUGGACAAGUCUGUGGCCCAGUUAGCCUCGAAUCGACGCCGAUCAGAUUCUGAGAAUCUUAAGAGCUCAGAAAGGAGAAAGGUGGAAAAUCUGCAUGGGAGAGAACACGCUAUUUGGGAAAAGACUGGGGUACACCGUGAUUCCUUUGGAAAGGGCACAACUUAUACACCUCAGGUCCCCAAAAAGCUAUCUUAUUCUGAAAAAAACAAAUGUGCCUCCAUGGAAGAGAUCUUGUCACGCUCAGACUCUUCAGUCCAACGGCCAACCCCCAAAAAGACUCCUGAGGCAGAAAAACUUUCUUGUAUACAAGAACUGAUUGGGCAGAAGAUUGAAAAAACUCAGGAACUUCUCACAGAGGUAAAAGACUGUGGGGAAGGGAAAAAAAAGGGAAAGGAACCUUGCAAAGUGGACUCAGAAAAAUCUGAAAAUGCGCUCCAAGAGGCAGAGAGGCUACUGGGAGAGGCCUCUUCGAACUGGAGGCAGGCCCGAAAGGUCCUGCAGGAAAUUAAAGAACUGAGAGACCUUUAUAGGCAAGCAGAGCAACAGGCAGCGGACCCUAAACAAAAACUGGGCAAUGUAUACAGGAAAAGUCUAAUGUGAGUGGUACAUACUUUUAGAUCCCUUGGAAUUUCUUAUUACAACAAUAUAAAAAGGAAUAUUUCCUGUUUAAAUCCGCUUCUGGCUUCACAUGCAAAAGGCCGAGGACCAAGGCUCACCAAGGAGCCCAGAAGGAAAAAAAUAAAUAAAAAUACGGGACUAUUUAUGAAUGGGUCCCUUGGCUCCGCACUUUUCUUUUUCCCAGGGAUAGCUGCACAGGCUGCAAAAUGCAGCAGGCUGCCGAUAUACGCAGGGAGCCCCAUGGCCGAGCCUUGGAUCUGCAAACAUAGCGACCCAUCAUUCUGCGCAUCGGCAGUGUAAACCACGGGGAGGAGAACCAGGCUGUUGGUACCUGGAUGGAAGUUCAUGGCACACUCUCCUGUACCAGAGUAUGUGCAAUCCAAUACAAGACAGUCUUAUUCGUUUCACUGUAGUAUGUGUUUACAUCCGCAUGGUUAUUAGCCUUUCCUUGCAUUAUCCCUAGGCAUACUCCAUCCGCUGCCUUACGCAGUCCUCGUACCUUUAAGGUCAAAGGGAUUUACUCUGGUUAACCUCUUCUCAGAUACACGCUGUAGCAUAAACCAGUACUGAGUAUGACUAUGCACUUUUCUAAGCUGACUUCUUUUGUUCCCUUUAAAUGUCAUGUGAGCCACUUUCAAAUCAAAAUGGCGGGGCCCUGUUGUGGUCCAAAACAGAGGGAAUAAUGGGAAGUCUUAAGUGUCAACUUGCUCUCAGUAUCACUAUAUAGUACAGUACGGAGGCCCUUGGAGGGAAAUAGUUGUGUGUAGGGCUACAGGUCUUAAGGACCACUCACAGGGUCUGGAUGUGUGGAAAUAUCUUCUUAAAUACAGAUGAGGUUCCUGGUCUCCAUUAUUUAGGUAGAAGUCAAGUUGACGAGGCCUUGGUGAGGCAUUCAAAGACCUGGCGGUGCUGCUCUGGGGCUGGGGCUACAUUUCUACAUAACUCUGCUUCUCCCGUGUUAGGAUAUGGGUAAUCCCUACUGUCUUCCAGUCUAUUCUCGUUAUCCAAACAUUUCUUCAUUUCUGUUCUCGACUGCAUUUCUGUUGUAUUUUAUUUUUAAUUUUUUUCCUGAAAAGGAUAAAGUAAAUACCGCCUGGUACUCAAAGCGGCUUAUUUGUUAAACAGUAAAGUUAGAUGAGCUGACAACUAUAUAAAUAUAAUGGGAAAAAAAAACAAAAAACAAAGUUUCAAUCGGAAUAAUUUGACCUGCAUUUUUAGCAACUUUGUGUUAGCUUCCUGUUUACUGAAUAAACAUAAGAGGAUAAAUACUGAAACAUCCCAUCCUCCCAGAACGGAUGAGAUUUCUAAAAUAUCCUCUAGCUGUGAGUAGCUGGAGACACCCGUUGGGUGCUUUAUUCCCUCUCGAUCUCUCUAUACUCCCAGAGCCUGGUGUGGUUUUGUGCUAUUUACAGACACAAAUAGAAAGAGCUAAAUUAGGAUUUCAUAUGACUAAACAAACACUGGCUAAUGGGCCUGAGGGAGAUUGUGGUCUGUUAAUCACAUCCGUGUCAAUGUGACUUGGCUGUAUUUUACUGUAACGUAAGGUUCCAUGUUGACCAUCUAAAGGUGGUAUGGCACUCACGUCUUCUCCUUUCUAAGCAGGAGCCUCACACACCAACAUCUUAACUUUUGAUUUAGUGUAUCAUUGUAUAACUAGCUGCAAUGAUGCAGAGUUAAAAUAUCCACAGCCUUUUAGUGUGCAAGACAAUGCGGUCUAAGUGCCCUUCCUCUGGAGAACAUAGAGAAGACAUGUCACCCAUUACUAUAAAUUUGACUUGCCAUACCUGUUCUAGAACCUGUUCUAGAACCCUCAAGCCAAACAAAAACGAUCCUUCUUCAGGAUAGUUACCACGUCCACAGCCUAGUAGCACCUUAUUGAUUUGACCUCCAGAAAGAUGUUUAUUGGUUUUUAUACACGUGCUGGAAGAACUCAACAAAUGCACGGUUCACCAGAUUGCUCACUGCACUGGCUUCUUGUCACCUCAAUGACUUCAGCAUUGACUUAGCUUGACAGCUGAACAGGACAACUUCCUGCAUAUCUCAGAUGGUCACAGCAGAUAUAGAUGGGUUUCUUAAGAUUAGAUCUAAGGGUUCAAAAGGGAGCUCAAUAAAUCCAACACAACUGAUAAAAAUGAAUAUCCAAGGUGCUCAAUCUAAUGAAGAAUGACCACCUCACAACCCCCUCUUGGGUAACCUUGCCUUCAUCAAGAUGGGAUAUUGUGAUGGAUGUGAUGAAGGCUUGCUUACCAGAGAUAACAAGGUAACAGUCUAUUUGUUGCUAUCGUGCCUCCUUGGGUUUCUAGCACUGGAAAGCACACCGUUCCUUGUAAGAGGAGGUGAAAUCCUCAAAAUAUUUCAGUGUGUAGAAAACAUCUUUAUUGUAUUGAUUAUGAAAUAAUUUGGGUAAUUUACAAUGCUUUAUUUAAGUGCUCUCUUAGCUAGAUCCUUGCUGUUGACCAUUUAAAGAACAAGAAAAUGUUUUUGAAAAUUUGGGCGAACACGUCACACAUCUUCAUAGAUAAGAGCCAUUUAAUUUAUGCAACUAGGUAUUGCACCAAUAUAAUAGAUAUUUAACCCUUUGAGCGUGUCCCUGUGCAUAGGUUACUAUUCUAUCUUUCGGUUAUCUUGAAGUUUCAAAUCAAGAGAUACAUUUAUUGUAAUGAGAUCUUGAAGGCUGUUCCCUUCAGAACUUUGUAGGGGUCUAUGCUAACGCAACAUCUCACAAUGCCUUGGUAGCUCUGUACUGGUGUCCCGAGCUAGGAACGAGAUAGCACCUUUAAACAUCUCACAAAAUAACUAAUUAUCAUCUUCUAGGGGUCUCCCUCUUCAGGGAAUUAAACAAAUACAGGUCCAUCUUUCAACCA